AUGGCCCCAGCGAGCAACAACCCCCUCGUUAUAGAGGAACCCCUCAUCAGGACAUCCUAUGAACUCCUGCGAAGGUCACACAAGUCUGCCCAGAGACAAGUCGAGAAGGACUUUAAAGCUGUAGACAUCGGUCUAUCGAACCUACUAAAGUCUCUGAACGACAAGUCCGCGACCGAAGAUGGACGGGCUGCUAUCGUUGCCAAGCUGGACCAGAUAUCCGAGAGGCCGAAGGGGCUGAAGCGGAAGCUCGACGAUAUCCAGCCGUCAAAGGUCAAUCCCACAGCUCUGUCGUCCAGAGUGGCAUACAUGGAACUAGCCCAUCCGGGAUCUACUAAAGCUUCGGCCAAGAAGAGCAAAGCCAAAGCCGAGGUCGCUGUGGAGCCUGAAGAAGGCGAGUCCUCGAGAGCAGAGGAUGCGAAAGAAUCCAAGGACGCGAUGGAAGUUGACCAGGCAGAUGCUGCUACGAUGAUCAAGAAUGCAAGCCAAGGCUCUCACCAAGAUACGUGCACUCUUGACAGAUACAUUGUGGACUACCUCCUCAGGAAGGGUAGACUGGAAAGCGCCAAGGCCCUUGCUCAGGCUCAGCACAUUGAGGCAAGUACAUAUGACGUGCUGGUCGACAUUAAGCUGUUUGCUGAGCUUGUCAAGAUAGAGAAGGCAUUGGUCGAGAAUCACUCUUGUGCAGAAGCGCUCGCCUGGUGCGGCGAGAAUCGUGGUACCCUUAAGAAAACCAAGAAUAACCUCGAGUUUACCGUCAGACUGCAAGAGUUCAUAGAGCUCUGUCGCAAGCGGGACACUACUGCUGCUGUAGCAUAUGCUCGGAAGAAUCUGUCUAGCUGGGCUGCGACACAUAUGGCUGAUUUCCAGAAGGGUAUGACCUUGCUGGUGUUUGGAGAGAGGACUGGAGUGAUCGGCUAUAGAACAUUGUACGACCAAUCUCGCUGGGAGUCUGUACGAGACCAAUUCAGGGAGACAUUUCUCGACAUUUACGCUCAGCCGUCCCAGCCCCUCCUCUCCCUCUCACUCUCAGCAGGCCUCGCCUCCCUCCGCUUACCGUCUUGUGUCCAUCACACCCGCAACGUCGACUGUCCGACUUGUGAUGAGAACUUGAGAGUACUGGCAAGUGAGGUGCCGAUGAGCCACCACGUCAACUCGACUAUCGUCUGUCGGAUCAGCGGCGAGGUUAUGGAUAGUGAGAAUGGGCCGAUGGCGUUCCCGAAUGGUUAUGUGUACUCUUACAAGGCGAGCCCUAAAGGAGAUGGCCAAGAACAACUUUGA